AGAGGUGUGGCAAUAACAAUAGGGGAGUGGCUGUUGUUCCCGAUGCGAAAUGUUUGGAGUCUGCCAUUCACCUGCAACUGAGACUUGGCAACGGGAGCUGUCGAGGUAUUGCGGAGGUUUGGCGAGGAGGCUGGUAUUCUCCUCCGUUCAGCGGUUAACCGUUUGCUUUUUGGCUCUCUCGUCUGCAGGACCCAGCAUGAUAGCCAUCCUCUACUCUCUAACCCAGAUGAAGGAAGAGUGUGACUCUCAGACACCCCACAGUGGGGUGCUACUGAAGAUUGCAGCUGGAAGACUGGACUACGAAUGCCUCACUGCACUGUCGGAUGAAGGAGAUGAGACACAGUAGGUUGGAACCUGAUAAAAGCAUUUUGAGGAUUUUGGCAAAGUGGCUGAGACGGCCGUGUUCAAGUCGCCCCAGGAUGAAAGCUCAGCUUUCAAUGGAUUCAAAGGUUACUACACGCUAUGGAAGAAGCACUCCUAACUACCCUCAACUGGAGUCACGUGACCUCACGUGCGCGCGAUGACUGCGUCAUCAACCAACUCUGCUGUGUGUGUGUUGUUUGUAAGUAUGUACUGAUGAAUUAAUCAU